AUGUCGCAGAACAGGAGUAGAGGACUGCUCGCUUUGCUGUUAAUAGUGCUGGAGUGGACCCGACCAGGCCUUCCAUCCCCGCUGAGGCCAAUCUGUGACCUGAGGGUCCUGAACCAUUUCAUCAAGGAGGCACGAGACGCAGAAGUAGCGAUGAAGUCAUGUAGAGAAGGAUGCAGCCUGACAGAAUCUGUCACUGUCCCCCAAACCAGAGUGGAAUUUGAUGUAUGGGAGAAGAAGACUGCAUUGGAGCAAGCCCAGGAAGUGCAGACUGGCUUAUGGCUAUUAAAACAGUCCCUGAGCUUGCUACGCACGUCAGUCACCAACACAGCACUGCACACCCACAUAGAUAACUCCAUAAGAAACCUGCUCAGCAUCAGUGCUGUGCUGCGCAGCCUCAACAUCCAGGAAUUUACCCCACCGGCAAGUGCAGCAGGACUUGAGGGAACAUGGACAGUGUCCUCGCCAACAGAUUUGCUCCAGGUCCAUGUCAACUUCCUUCGAGGCAAAGUGCGCCUCCUACUUUUGGACGCACAGGCUUGUCAGCAAGACGUCAGCUGA